CAGCUCAUUCUCAUCCCAUGGAUAGCGUUUCCUGCUUGAUAAGUGCUAAAGGGGAUGAGCUGGGUAUAUAAAGGGUGUGAGUGAUGCUUCACUGCUCAACAAAGCCAGCUUGUCCAGAGAACUCCUUCUAACUAUGAGGCAGUCUUUCUGAACUGUUUGGGAAAAGAAUAGUUGCCCCUCUGUAUGUGGAGUCAUUCAACUUAACUGAGUCACUGGAAUAAGCCAGAUAAAACCUUAUUUGCCUCCCGGAGGAAAGGAAAAGGGAACUUUUGUCUCUGAGUUUUGGUUCUCUGGUAAUACUUUCCAUUCACUUCUGCGAAACGAAGCCAUGACCGACGACAGUAAAAUUAUUCCCCGUCCUCUCUUCCGGCGAGACGUCGACUGGGAUCCUUGCCGUGAGUGGACAGAGACCGGUCGCAUGUUCGACCAGGACUUCAGCAUCCCUCUCUUCCUGGAAGCUGGUGAUCUGAGCUGGAUAGACUGGGCCAAGAGCAGGAUGGCCUCCUCUACCUGGCUAGGGUACAUGCGCUCGCCUCACUUCAGCCCCUCCUUAGCUCACCCUCCUGCUGUUGGGGUUUACAGACCACACGUACCUCUGAUCACGGGAGAGUCUGAGAUUAGGUCCAGCCAGGAUGGCUGGAAGGUCAACCUGGACGCCAAUCAAUUCUCUCCAGAGGAAAUAACAAUCGUCGUCAAGGGGGACUUCCUGGAGAUAGCAGGAAAACAUAAGGAGAGACAGGAUGAACACGGAACCAUCUCAAGGUGCUUCACCAGGAAAUAUAAGCUACCACAGGGGGUAAACCUGCAACACAUCAGCUCCUCUCUGAACAGUGAGGGGGUUCUGUGUGUGGACGCCCCCACCCCAGGGACUACCAGCCUCAGCCUCCCAAGCACUGAUAUUAUCAUCCCUAUUCAGAUCAAACAGGAACUGGAGAGUGAUAAGUGAGGCUGGUGGUCAGGCAUUGCAUUUUAGCAUUAGACCUAGAGCACAGCUCGGAUGAUGCUUUCCAGACACAUACUGUUGCUCCUCGUGUGAAUGUUUAGCAGGCUUUUGCAGCAUAAACGCCACGUACAGUGACCACAAGCUUGUCUUACCUUUAUGGGGUACAGUGUGUGCUGUUUCGUAAGCCUUCUAUUGGACAAGAAUAAAGUUAUGGUAGUUUUGUUUUUUAACACGGGCCACAACUGUAGCUAAAGUAAGAUGAGCACAAUAAGCCAGACAAAUUGUUCAUUCCAAAACUGUUGUGCUAUAUAGUACCUGCUCAGUUUUGUUUCUUUGAUAUUUACAAUGAACAUGCUACAAAAUAAAUGUAUAUGCAUAACAUGUCUGUCUAAUAAAAAUAAUAAUAAGUAUGAA